AUGGCAGCUCCACGACGCAAUAUCGAACAUGUCGAACCUCCCACUUCGGGUGGCGGCGCAACUUUUCAAUCAUCGAAGCAGCAACUUCAAGCAGACACGCACAGCCUUCCAGCGUUUGAGCCCAAAGGUUUAAUCGAUCUUAUUGAUAAUAUUACCUCGGAGGAUCCUACACGACCUUUCACAUACAUUGCCUCAUCGGACAAUCCUCGAGAUGGAUGGAAGCCUGUGUCUUUCCUCCAAGUCACGAACGGAAUGAACUAUCUCGCCCAUGCCAUCUCGGAAAGGGUCAAAAACUCGACAGAGAAAUUCCCCACUGUAGCAUACAUUGGUCCCAAUGACAUACGAUACCCAAUGAUACUUCUUGCUUGUGUCCGAGCUGGCUGCAAAGCUCUCUUCAUCUCCCCAAGAAACACAACCGCUGUCCAGCUGUCGCUCUUCGAGGCUACGAACUGUGACUUUCUUUACUGCGCCGAGUCAUUUCGCUCAGACAUGCAGCCGUGCCUGGAGCAACGAAAAAUGGACGUUACCACGAUCGACAGCGUUGGGCAUCUCCUGAACGUUACUUCAGCUCCGUUCCCCUACAACAAGUCCGCGAAAGAGACUCAAUGGGACCCUCUUGUGGUUCUACACACAAGUGGCUCUACGGGAACCCCCAAGCCAAUUGUUGUGCGACAGGGCAGCCUGCAUGCAUUCCAGAAGAUGCUCCAUAUGCCCAAGUUCCAUGACUCAAACUUCACCUUUGCGGAAUGGGCGAAUCAAGCGAAUAAGCUUCUGGUCGUUAUGCCCAUGUUUCAUGCCGCGGGUGCUAUCAUGAUGCUCAUGCCCAUAUUUAUAAAUAUCUGUACUGUCAUGGUUAUUUCAACUAAACCCCUGAGCAUCAACACGGCGUUGGAAUGUCUGGAGUACGCUGAGCCCGAUGCCGCAGUGUUACCUCCUUCAAUCAUUGAGGGCCUUGCAGCAUCUGAGCAAGGCACUCAGGCCUUGACGAAGCUCAGCUUUCUCACCUUUGGCGGCGGAAAUCUGUCACCUGUAGCGGGUAACGCCCUCGUAGAGAAGGGUGCCACUUUGUUCAAUCUCAUUGGAUCGACAGAAUACUUCCCCUAUGCCAUCUUUACCCCCAAAGACCCAAAGCUUUGGCAAUACUUUGUCUUCGACGGCAAGGCCAUGGGCAUCGAUUGGCGUCCACGCGGGUCAGAUGGAUAUGAACUUGUGAUCCGACGCAAAGACCCAGAAGAUCCUGAUAUUCAGUCAUGCUUCUACACGUUCCCUGAACUAUCGGAGUGGUCUACAAAGGACAUUUACCAGCCCCACCCGACACUCGAGGAUCACUGGAUAUACAAAGGACGUGCCGACGAUGUCAUUGUCUUCUCCAAUGGAGAGAAACUGAACCCAGUAACUAUUGAAGCUACUGUUAGUGGCCAUCCUCUAGUUAAAGGAGCCAUCGUCGUCGGCCAGGAGAGGUUUCAAGCAGCUCUUAUUCUCGAGCCCACUGAAGAGGCUACACCCAAGAAUGAAGAUGAGGCGAAAGCAUUCAUCAGCAAGGUCUGGCCACUGAUUGAGAAGGCCAAUUUUGAAACAGUUAGUCACGGAAGAAUCACCAAGAACCUUGUCACUCUUUCAGACCCUGCAAUGUCCUUCCUCCGCGCUGGAAAAGGGACAGUUCAACGAGCAAGCACAGUCAAGCUGUAUUCCGACUUUAUCGAGGCAUUGUACGAAAGAGCUGAAGCAGAUGGUUCUGGAGAUGUUUCCAUCACAUUGGACCUUGAAAGCGACCGCACCUUGACAGAAUCAAUCAUUGGUGUCUUUGAGAAUGAACUCGGGGUUAAAGGUCUUGGACCCGACACCGACUUCUUCUCUGCGGGUGUCGACUCGUUGAAGGUUGCGACUGCAACAAACCUGCUACGGUCUGCAUUGAAGAAGACAGGCAUAGAUACGACGACAAUCGCGCCGCGAGUCAUUUACAGCUAUCCCACACCAAAGGCGUUGGCCGCCUACAUUCUUUCCAUCAAGGGUGGAGAGGCAGACCAAGAUGACGGCUCUAAGCAGAUCCUGGAAGCCCAGAGGCUCGCCUCAAAAUACGCCGAGAAUAUGCCAAAAUCUAGAGCUGAUAAGCAACAAACUUCGGACAACGAUCAAACGGUCGUGAUCACCGGGACCACAGGUUCGCUGGGCGCAUACAUGCUGCACCAGCUCUGCCAGCUUCCGUCGGUCAAGAAGGUCAUUGCUCUCAACCGGGAUAAAGACGGUGGCUUCUCUCGCCAACACUCAGUUAACGAGAGUCGCGGCCUGACGCAAGACCUUUCCAAAGUCGAGUUCCUCUAUGCAGACUUGUCGCUUCCUGAUAUGGCUGUCGGAAAGGACAAGUACGAUUCUCUUCUUGCGAGUGUUGAUCGUGUUGUUCAUAACGCCUGGCCCGUGAACUUCAACAUCAGCGUGUCUUCUUUCGAGAGCUCCAUCCGUGGCGUGCGCCAUCUAGUCGACUUCUCUGCUGCCGCUUCCAAGCAUGUACCCAUCGUCUUCAUUUCCAGCAUUGGCACUGUCGGUAACUGGAAGUCAUCUGAUAGAGUCCCCGAGGUCGCUCUCAAAGAUUGGACUUUGCCACAAAUGGGAUAUGGACUCUCCAAGCUAGCCGGAAGUCUGAUUCUGGACGCAGCUGCAGAGGAGGCAAACGUGCCUGCGGCUUCAGUGAGAGUUGGUCAGAUUGCAGGUUCUAGAGGGGAGAAGGGCAUUUGGAACCCGCAAGAGUUCAUCCCUAGCUUGAUCGCAAGUUCAGUGUAUCUCGGAGCCCUGCCAGAUCAUCUUGGAGCACAGCAAGAAAUUGCCUGGACUCCUGUUGAGGACAUCGCCGGUCUGAUUCUCGACGUUGCGGGCAUCACAGCCCCAAAGCCUGUGUCUGAGAUCUCUGGCUACUUCCAUGGCGUCAACCCUUCAAUCGCGGAUUGGGCCCAUCUCGCACCUGCUCUGAAGGACUUUUACGGAGAUGGGAUGAGUAUUACCCCUCACGCUCCAGAAAAGCGAGAACAGUUACUGACUGAACUGGACCUCAGUGUCGAUCCCGAUCGAGCCAAAAUCCUCUGUAGCGCUACAGAAAGUGCAGUUCAAAAGCGGCCACAUGGAGCUCGACAACAUGGAAAUCGACCCGACUACUUCCGCAAGGGCUACGGUACUAUGCUAUAUGGCCAUGGCAUGGAAGACACCGGAGAAGACAAUGUUCCUGUAGACAUUAUCGCAGCAAAACUCGGAAUGAAGCCCUACGAGUAUCUUGGAUACUCCUGUACUGCUAAUGUCUCUCUCACUGAUGGCCGUCCUGGCCAAGAUGCCAGUGUUGAUUUUUGGGUGCAGAAAUGGAACCCUAAGGACAACUAA